GAGGUUAAGAGAAGCGUGAGAAGGGACAAACGGGCGUGGAUCAACGACCUGGCGGCCCUAGCGCAACAAGCAGCUGAGAGCAACAACACAAAGUUACUUUAUUACAUAACUAAAAAGCUGUCUGGAAGGAGAUUUGCAAACUCUCCUCCUCUAAAAGCGAAAGAUGGAACUCUCCUAACAUCUAAGGACGACCAGCUGGAACGCUGGACAGAAUAUUUUACAGAAGUUCUUGUCCAAGCUGCGGUCCCCGCAGCAGAGCAAACAGAAAAGCAGAUGGAUAAUGAUGCAAGAGCACCUGAAGGUGGCGAAUUAAAGAUAAAAAUUGAUCCUCCUUCAUAUGCGGAGAUCAGGACUGCCAUCCAAAGUCUCAAAGGUGGUAAAGCUCCAGGAAUAGAUGGGGUUCCACCCGAGUUCCUCUCUGCGGACAGCUCAACCACUGCGAAGCUUCUGCAACCCAUUGUAGCAAUGGCAUGGAAUCAAGAAGAGUUGCCCUCGGACUGGAAGAAGGGUAUAAUUAUAAAACUCCCAAAGAAGGGCAACCUUAGUCUCUGUGAUAACUGGAGAGGAAUAACAUUGCUUACGUCGAUAAAUAAGCUUACGUUCAUUAUCUUUAAAAGAGUAUCUACAGCUCUAGAGCCGCAUCUGCGUGGGGAGCAAGCGGGCUUCCGACCACAUAGGUCAUGCAUAGACCAAAUCAACACCUUGCGCAUACUGAUUGAGCAGUCGCAGGAGUGGAACUCGCCACUAUACCUGGUGUUUGUCGAUUUCACAAGAGCAUUCGACAGCUUAAAUCACGCAUUCCUGUGGAAAGUACUAAUGGAUUACGGGGUACCCGACAAAAUAGUAAGAGUUAUCAAGGCACUUUACAGGGAUGCUUCAUCCUGCGUGGCUCAUGGUGGGGUGCUCGGAGAGAGCAUCGCGAUAAAUGCGGGUGUAAAGCAGGGAUGUGUACUAUCGCCCUUCUUGUUCAUUCUCGUUGUAGAUCACAUCCUGAAGAGUUUAGAGAGGGCACCCAGAGGGGUACUCUGGAGUUUUCAGAAACGUUUGGAAGAUUUAGACUACGCAGAUGACAUCUGCCUUCUGGCUCAUACGUUUCGGGACAUGCAGGAAAAGCUGAGUGAGCUUGCUGACCUGGCGCUGGAGGCAGGACUGCGUAUUAAUAUUCGUAAAACCAAGAGUAUGCGUCUGGGCACUAAGGUUCGAACGAGCUUUGUGCUCGGGAGAGAGACGAUUGAAGAGGUUGACGAAUUCUGCUAUCUUGGCAGUGUGGUGACGUGCACGGGCGGAGCCGAGUCUAAUGUAGCCAGCAGAAUCAAAAAGGCUCGUCAAGCGUACUUGGUUCUCGGAAAUAUAUGGGCCUCCUCCGUGUACUCGAUUGGCACAAAGCUUCGCAUAUUCAACUCAAAUGUGAAGUCGGUGUUGCUUUACGGAUGCGAAACAUGGAAGAUUACUGCCAGCAUAACGAGAUCCCUGCAAACGGAAGAAUAUAAGGCCACACGGCGACGGCCUAGGCAGCUUUCGACUGCUCUCAGGCUCAUAGCCAAGACCAGGAGAAGUACUUUUGGUAACCGAUCUCGCCGUCACCUUGCCGCCGCCGAAGCUACGGCCACCACCGAGACGAGCUGCGCCACUUCGCCUGCCGCUACCGCCACAACCUCAGCGGCCCCUGGACUACCGUCCAGGCCAACCGUGGAAGCUCGUCCCGCUCCAGCUCUCGCCGGUGCGACUGACUUGUCCUCCACGCUCGCUCAUCUCAACGUGGGACGUACGAGUUCGGCGCUACACGUCUCCUUGACUAUCGUGGACGGUGCCUCCGCUCCUGUCGCCUCUGCCACCGUCUCCGGCCGAGCAGGUACACCAGGGAACGCAGACAUCCCUCCGGCGCGUGUACACCGAGGCGUGCAACACCAGCCUCCACGCGACGCUCAGGAGAUACAGACCGACCCGGAGUGGGAGGUCACAUCCUCGCAAGGGACGCAGACAGACGAGCCGCCGGCACUGUCAUCCGAGUCUACCCAGACCGAGGAACCGGAGCCGUCCCUCACUCCACCGGGGACACCGUCGGCUUGGCGGAGAUACAGCUCGUUCCGGAGGACCAAGACGCAGCCGAGCAUCAUCUGGCGUCAAGAAAUGAAUGCCAAUGAAAAAUUGGCCCAAUUGUUGCAGAUGCAUGAGCAACAGCAAAUGCAACUGCAACAGCUGGCCCAGCAAUUGCAAACACUGGCAGCAAACCAGGGCUAG